UCGCUGCCAUUGCCAUUGGGAAUUGCUGCGGGCAUGAAGGCAUAUCGUUUCCCGGAAGGGUUUAAUUGGGGUACUGCUACUGCGUCUUACCAGAUCGAGGGCGGAAAGGGUGGGCGCGCACCUUGCAUAUGGGAUGCUUUCUGCAAAACCGAAGGGCGCGUGGUCAACGGCGAUAACGGCGAUUUGGCGUGUGACCAUUUCACCUUGUACAAGGAAGAUGUGAAAAUAAUGAAGGACAUGGGGCUGAAGAACUACAGGCUCUCGAUCGCCAUGCCAAGGAUUUUCCCCGGGGGACAAGGACCGGCAAACGAAGAAGGGAUUGCCUUUUACAACGGAUUAAUCGACUGUCUCCUCGACGCCGGCAUCACCCCGUGUGUCACGCUCUAUCAUUGGGACCUGCCGCUCGAGUUGGAAAUGGAGCACGGUGGGUGGCAGAACUACAUCACCGUUGAACGUUUUCUGGAGUACGCUGAAGUAUGCUUCGAGCGGUUCGGCGAUCGAGUCAAGAGCUGGCUGACUUUCAACGAGCCAUGGUGUGCCGCGGUGUUGGGCUACGGCAACGGAGAAAUGGCACCAGGGUGUACAUCUUCGGAUGCCGUCAAGGUCUACAGAGCGGGUCACCAUAUGCUGCUUGGACAUGCUCGCGCGGUGGAAAUUUACCGCAAGAAGUUUCGGACCGCUCAGAACGGGGUCAUCGGCGUAACCCUCAACUGCAACUGGACGGAACCCAAGCCUUCGGAUGAUCCAGAAACGGCAAAGCUGAACGCCGAGGCUGCGGAGCGGUCGGUCCUAUGGAACUUGGGGUGGUUUGCAGACCCAGUCUACAAAGGCGACUACCCGGAGGUGAUGAGGAAUCGAUGUGGAGAUCGACUGCCGGAGUUCACCGCAGACGAGAAAGCGCUCCUGAAGGGAAGCUCCGACUUUUUUGGACUCAACCACUACAGCACGGACUAUGCAGAGGAUGAUUCAGGCCCGGGUCACUAUGUCUCCCACUGGGGAACGGUAAACACAGGCGGCUUUUGGGGCGACAUGGCCGUCCGUGGCUCUACAGAUCCGUCAUGGGCGAAAACGGACAUGGGCUGGCCAAUUGUACCGUGGGGUUUUCGUAAGCUGCUGCUCUGGAUUCAAGCGCGCUACAGCCCUGAGGGUGGCAUCCAAGUGACGGAGAAUGGUGCUGCGGUCAACGAGCCGACCGUGGACUUGGCGGUGGACGACAAGGCACGGAUCGUGUAUUACGAAGGCUACCUCAAAGAAAUGCAUGCUGCGAUUCAGCUUGGUGCUGACGUUCGUGCGUACUACGCGUGGAGCUUCAUGGACAAUUUCGAGUGGGCCUACGGGUACAGCAAGCGUUUCGGACUCGUCCACGUGGACUACAACACCAUGAAGCGGACACCAAAGAGUUCGCUCAAGUGGUUCUCGAAGGUUCUGUCCACCAACACGCUUGAGCGAAGACUUUGGCUGGACGUUUGAGUGCACUCGUCGAGAGUUGGAGUUCGUUUGGUAGGUGGGGAUGGAGGACACAUUCAUUGUGAUGAUUGGCCUCGGCUUUUGAGGGAUGGGGAGUGCGGGAGACAACUCGUGACUACCCUUUUGUGUUUUGUCGGGAGUGUAUGCUCCGAUGGCGGUCAGUUAAAUCAAUUAAAUGAGUAGCACGUGCGUUUUUUUGUCAACCGAAGGCAUGAGCAUGCGUAUAUGUAUACCAUGUCUUGGUUUUCGUUCUACUCGGCCAGGGCCCUAUUUUUCGCCCGUGUAUGCAUGCAUGCAGGAACUGGUCGCCCGUGGGUGUGAAAAUACCAAUACUUGUAGGACCACGAAGUUCACCCGCCCGGAAGGGAGGCAACGGUCGAUCUGUGCAUGAAGCAUGCCCCUCACGUGGUUCAUUCUGGUAUUUUUUGUGCACCCCAUGGUGAACUAGCCUUGCGCCAAACGUCGGGAAGGUGAACAAGUUGCUCCUCUGUGGGGGUUGCCACAAACUCGCGUGUGACUUGCUUAUGACAGCAGUCUCUUGUAGAGAGACGCUGCUGGAGAGGCGGAAAUGAUCCAAAAGCUCCCGUGAGUGU